CUAGAAUUUGUUGUAGAAAUAAUUACUGAAGAAGAGGCAUUUGAAAGGCAGAGAAAAUGUGAUGAAAAUAAUUUUUUUUUUACAAGAACAAAGGAAAAAGUAUGUGUAUUGAUGCUUCAUCAACUCAAGAUCAUAUAUGCCAGUAUGUCAAUGAUGGGAACAAGAUGGCUAAUGCUGUCAUGAAACUUUUGACUUUUGAGAGGCCUUGUCUAUGCUUGUUUGCUGUCAGAGAUAUUCAAGAGAAAGAAGAAAUACUGUAUAACUAUGGAGAUACUCAGAAUCUCUGGUGGAGAAAUAAGUGGAACAUACAUGUAAUGGAAACACAGAAAAUGAUGAAAAUGGACAAGGUGACUAUGAGGGAAGCAGUAGCUGCAGCAACCAAAGGAACAAGUCAGGUAAAGCUGUUAAUCAAUUAUGUCUCCCCCAGCAAAAGGAGUACAACAAUAUACCAUGGUGUUAUGAAUUGUGAUACAGAAGUUUCGGUUUGA